AGGUUUAAGAAAUGAUGCCAACAAGAUUCCUGCUCAUAUUCGUGCUGGUCAUUGUCUUUGCAAUAUCUGAAGUGCUUUCCCAGCUGAGAUGGUCACGUACGUGCACAAAAGAGUUAAUCAACGGCAAGUGGAUGGAAAACUGCAAGAUGAUCGCUAAAUCUGUGUGCCCUCCAGAACUAUUAGAGGCUGGAAUAACGAUUUGUGCUUCACCGUGUACUUUCACGGAAACCAAGAUUCUAUGGGGUGCCAGAGAGCUUAUUUCCUUCGAAGACCGGGAAGAGCAGUGUUACGCUGAAUGUUUGAGAUACAAGGACUGCAACGCGGUCCUCUAUCUUACGAAUAACUGGUGCUAUCUGUUUGGAAUUGGGCCUAUCAUUUACGGACCCGUGGGUCCAGGAACAUACUAUAUUCUGCACCGCAAUCCGAUGGAACCGAAUUGCUUGAAAACUGUGCCUGUUCCAAUGCUGAAAACAUGAGUGAAUGCUUUUCAUCUAAAGAGUUGAAUUCGGCG